AUGAACAAAGAAUGCCCGUAUUGUCAUGCUUUGAAAUUCCAAAAUGAACCAGCCGGGAUAUGUUGCGCGUCAGAGAAGGUACAACUACCUGUAAUUGAAACACCACGGGAACCAUUGAACGAAAUUCCCGAUCCGUCUACUGAUCAAUUGCUGUUUGAUAUUGUUACAGCAAACAUGAUUCAUGGCCCAUGCGGUACUUUUAAUCGUUCAUCGCCUUGCAUGUCAGAUGGAAAAUGUACAAAAAAUUUCCCUAAAGAUUUCACUAACGAUACAAUCACAAAUGUCGACGGAUAUCCAAUAUAUCGUCGAAGGAAUCCAGAUAAUGGCGGACAAUCAUUUAUUAAAAACAUCAGCAACACAGACAUUGAUAUUGAUAAUUGUUGGGUCGUGCCAUAUUCGCCCUUGCUGAGCAAAACAUACAAUGCUCAUAUUAAUGUUGAGUUCUGCAGUUCUGUGAAGAGCAUCAAAUACAUUUGCAAGUAUGUCCAUAAAGGCAGUGACAUGGCGGUGUUUAGAGUGGAAAAUACCAAUGUGAAUGCUCCUCCAGUAAAUAAAAACGAUGAAAUAACGCUCUACCAAAUAGGUCGGUACAUCAGCUCCAAUGAAGCUGUUUGGCGUAUCUUUGGUUUUCCAAUUCAUGAACGGGAUCCAGCAGUUGUUCAGUUAGCUGUUCAUCUUGAAAAUGGUCAGCGUGUAUAUUUCACGAACGAGCCAGCGAUUGAUCGUGCUAAAAAUCCACCAAAAACUACACUCACUGAAUUUUUUGAAUUGUGUAAUUGUGCGGAUGAUUUUGGUGCCUUUGCACGUACUUUAUUCUAUUCACAAAUACCACGCUAUUUCACAUGGGCUCAAACAAAACAAUGGUUACCCCGCAAGCAAGGCUCACUGGUGACAGUUGAUGCAUGCCCCAAUUUAUUCAAAUCAAACGCCUUGGAGCGAGUAUUUACAGUGAAUCCAAGACAGACUGAGUGCUUUUAUCUUCGACUAUUGUUGGUUAAUGUUACUGGCCCAUUGUCAUUUCAAGAUAUACGUAAAGUGAACGGGCAACAGUAUACAACGUAUAAAGAUGCAUGCCUUGCACUCGGCUUGCUAGAAGAUGACAAUCAGUGGGAAUGUAUGCUUGCUGAAGCAGCAUUGAACUGUACAGCAAUACAAAUUCGUCUACUAUUCGCUAUAGUGUUGACUACAUGUUUUCCAGCCCGAGCAGAGAUAUUGUGGGAUAAUCACAAAGAUUCAAUGACUGAUGAUAUAUUGCAUCAACAUCGUACACGGUGUAACGAUCUAGCGAUAACAUUCAGCGACGAUAUGUACAAUGAAGCAUUGAUUGCUAUUGAGGAUCUUUGCAUUAUCAUUGCCAACUUACCACUCAGUCAUUUCGGUAUGAAUUCGCCAAAUCGGGGUGCAACUGAUUUAAUGAACACUGAAAUGAAUCGUGAAAUGCAGUACAACACUGUAGAAACGGCGGCGAUUGUUACUCGCAAUGUCCCACUAAUGAAUGAGGAACAAAGAACCAUUUACGACCGCAUUAUGCUCGCAGUUUUAGCAGGACAAGGUGGGUUCUUCUUUUUAGAUGCACCAGGUGGAACUGGCAAGACAUUCCUUAUUUCGAUAAUUCUCGCCAAAAUACGAUCCAAUAAUGGCAUCGCAUUGGCCGUUGCAUCAUCGGGCAUUGCGGCAACUUUAUUGGAUGGAGGCAGAACAGCUCAUUCAGGAAUGAAGAAUAUACCUCCAGGAGGUCCAAUUAUCCCAACUAACAACCUUGUAAUGAACACAAUGGCGGAUACUUCUGCUGGCGGCAUGAUAAUGGGACAAAUACCAUUGAUAAAUAAUCAAAUCUCCGGCUCUACAAUCCAGCUGCAGCAACAACAGCAACAAUCUUCGGAUCACUCUUCAAAUAAUACUAUGCCUCUGGAUCCUUUUGGUGUUCUGUAA